AUGAAGAACCAAAAGGAAAACUACUCAGAACCGAGUCUGGUUAAGGAUACCAGGAGACAGCAUAUGAGAGAUUCACCAUCAGCUCGAGAGAAGCUCUUUGUUGUGAUCCUGGGAAUCAUCUGUAUUGCCUUGAUGUAUACAAUAGUGAGAGUGGUAACUUUUAUUCCACGUACCCAAAUAUCAGAACAGAAUAAGUCCUCUCUGGUAACAAAGCUCCAUAAAGAAUGUCAUUGUGGUCAUUGCCCAAAAGACUGGCUUACAUAUUCCAACAAUUGCUAUUAUACUAGUCUGGAAAAAAAAUCGUGGAAUGAGAGCUUGAUAUCCUGUGCUACUAAGAAUUCUACUCUGCUUUAUAUAGAUAAUGAAGAGGAAAUGGAAUUUCUGAUGUCCCUAUCACUUAUAUCGUGGAUUCAAGUCUCUCGUGAAGGCCGCGGUCGUCCUUGGAUGUGGCUAAAUGGUUCAACUUGCAAACUACAGAUAACAGACUAUUUACCUGGUGAACAAAACUGUGCUGUACAAUCUGAAUGGGGCAUAAGAGCAGAAGACUGUCAGUUUCCAAAUGCAUAUCAUUGCAAGCACAAGCUUGAGAAUUAA